AUGCGAAUCGAUCAUCUUGCGACGGAGCUUCUACUCCACAUAUUUCGCUCGUGCAACUCAAUCUCCGAUGUCUUGAAUUUAUCAAUCACCUGCCAUCGACUUCACCGCAUCCUCAACUCAACAAGCAAACUGCAUAUCCUAGCCAGUGUCGCGGAGACCGAAUAUGGUCCCCUUGACGAUGUCAUUCAAGUGGUGACGCAAAAUGAGAGCCAGGCUGCUCAUCUUAUCCGACAUGCGCCCAUGUCUGAUUCCCUUCUGAAACAAGUCAUUCAGCUCGGUCUGGUGGCACGAAAAUGGGAGACGAUCUACCCGUUCAAAAAAUGGAAACUAGACUUCGAGAAUCGUCGCUCGCUCACUGACGAAGAGCGAUUACGCCUACGCCGCGCAGUAUACCGGUUAUGGCUGUAUCACAGUGCAUUCCAUUCUGGUGUUUAUGAUCGCCAUUCUCGUAGUCUUCGCCAUGUGAUAUUGGAGCGCGCUCAGUUGCUCCACAACUGGUCCACCCAAGAGCUGGCCGAGAUUGAGGAUUUGCGUCUCGUCAUGGGUGAUAUUGUUCAGAAUCACAUAUGUCCUAGUAAUGGGACUAUCCAACGCAAAUUCCGCAAGCGUUAUCCAGACAGCAGCCAGCAACUCUCGUUCAAUAUCCAUCUCAAUUAUCCACCGCUUUCAACUACUUCUAUGUCUUCCCAUGGUCACUCCUUGCUUCAGAAUGGCCCUGAUACCUCGAUUCAACAAUUCUUCCACACGGCUCACCCAAGAAAUUAUGCCGAGUCGCCAGCCAAAUUUAGGUCUCGGUUUCGCAAUGAUCUUUCUCAUGAUCCGGGGUAUGAAGGUUGGGGUGACGAGAUCCCACAUUACUAUAUUAUGCAGGACAUGCUGAAGCUCGAUCCUGGUCAAAUAUUAUGGUUGCGCGACCAUGCUUUGCUGAAGGAACAGGUAGAGGAGUACGUCUGGUCCCUAGGGGAAUGGUUCCGCAACAACGGUGAAACGUUUGGUGACACCCUGGAAUAUGUCAUGAAUGAACGUGGGCUCGAGCUUGGAGAAUUUAGAUCUGCAGUGGCUGAUCGUGACAUGGGCAUUGUCCUAAACUAG